AUGUGCGUGCGCAACGGCACGUCCGUCUUUGUGCAGAGUCAGACCGCGCCCGUCUCGAACACGUGCCAUCCCCUCUUGCGGCUGCUCCAGGAUGACGGACUCUUCUGGGUGGACCCGUCCCCCCCGCCUGGCAGCUCCACGAAGCCUUGGGUAGUGGUCCGGGACAUGCUUCAUGGUGCCCACCACCUCUGCGAGGGCGACGUUGUCAAGCUCGGCCGAGUCGAGCUCCUCGUUCGGCAGCUCGUCGGCGCUGGCGAAGCGCAGCCUGAUCUUCGGCUUGGUGACCCCUGCUCGGUGUGUGGGGUCAAAGACAGGGGCGACAAGGACCUUGAGCAGACGCCGUGCCGCGUCUGUCUGCAGGCGGGGCCAGGUGAGGAUGAUCCCCUCAUCGCGCCGUGCUCGUGCAGGGGCUCCAUCGAGUAUGUCCACCUGGGCUGCCUGCGGGCUUGGAUUGGGGUGUGCAUGGACCUGUCGGCCUCCUCUGCUGGCAGCUCCUAUUUCUUCCGGCCUAUGUCAUGCAACAUUUGCAACGCUGUCUACCCGACAUACGUUCAGAACGAUGUGGCGCCGCAGGAUCGGUUCGGCUGGUGGAGGUGCAGCCGACGAAGCCGACCUUCAUCGUGCCAGCAGUUGGUGCCGCUGGUGGAGGUGCCGCGAACGGAGCCCCCCUUUAUCGUGCUCGAGGAGUUGCGCGGCGACUCUCCGCACAGCGGUUGCCACGGUCUGCAUGUCACCUCCCUGGCGGAGAGGGCGCUGGAGCUGGGCCGGUCGAAGCAGAGCGACGUGCGCAUCAUUGAUUGGUCGGUCUCCCGUUGCCAUGCUACGAUCCGAUUCGAGCAGGGCCGCUUUUUACUGGAGGACAAGGGGUCGCGAUUCGGAACGUUGGUGGCCAUGAGGAGGCCGUGCCUUGUGGAGCCAAGCCAAGGCUUGUCCGUCCAGGUUGGCCGCACUGUGCUCUCCUUGUCGGUCCAGCCCGAUCUCGAGGCCACCCGCGACGGCUCUCUGCAGCUCUGCAGCUCGGGCACGGAGCAGCACGGCGACGCCGCGUCGACGUGCUGCUCCGUGUCGCCUCGGCCGUGUGGGCCGCCCCACAAGGCAGAGGCACGACGCCUCGCUUGCUUCCCUGUCUUACGGCCCUCUGGCUGCUCCUUAUUGAAUCGCUUCGCUAAUUCCGCCGGCCCGUAUUAUGCCAUCGUUGGCGUUUGCGUGCGCGUUCUCACGCGUGCGCGAAGUAGAAGUAUGCCCAAGCUGUUACCAAAGAUCUUAGCACGACUUUGGCCCGUUGGGCCAGCGAAUUGUCGCUCUUCCGUCCCUGUCUCCAUUGCCUUGCCUCGUUUAGACUAUAGAUGA